AUGUUUGCAGUGUAUGUGUUGAUUCAUCGUCCAUUCGAAAUGACACGAGACAACAUCAGAGAAGUCAUCAGCGAAGUGAUGGUCAGUGGCUAUGCAAUAUUAUUCAUUUAUCUUCAUAAAAAGAGUGCCUGGGAUGACACAGUCGCAUAUGCUUACAUUUACACAUCGACAGGAAAUGUGUUCAUCGGAUUCGUAAGUUAAUUCAUACCAUUCCUCGAACCUUUUAUUUAUAAAUUAUCGAUCUUUUCAAAUGUUAAUAAUAUCUAGAUUAUUUCCAUAAGUAAGUUGUCAGAUCUGACAAGUCCUUAACUAUUAGUCUGCAUCUUUAUUGAUAUCAAGAAGAAAUGAUCUAAAAAGCCAAAGGUAACUCCUGUAAACCAAGUGAGCCCGAUAAAUAACUUUGAAAUAACCAGAAAUAGCAAGGAGGCACCAUCGAACAUCCAAAUCUUGAAAAAAGCUCCACGAGAGAAAUAUCGACCAGAUGAAAUCAAUGUGCCUGAGAAUCAAAGAAGGAAAGUUGAAAUGAGUCCAAGACCACUUGAAGGGAACUAUGGAUACAAAUUUUUCUACUACCAUUAAUUUUAAAUUCAAUUCG